AUGAUUAAAGUUAGGAAUGUUGGAAUACUAUCAUUCCCAAUUUAUAAAGAACAGGUAAACAAUCUAAUCUCAAUCUCAUCGGCGUCGAUCAGCAAGGUCAAUCCGAAGGGCAACAAUCUGAUAAAGAAGGAGGUCAUAUCCAUCUCGGGCAUAGGAUUCAACAAGUUCUUCGAAGGGAUUAUAGGCACCAUUCGCGAGUCAAUGGGACUGUCUGGAGAGUCUGUCGAGGCCAAGCUCUACCUGCUACUCAUAUUUAAAGAUGAAGAUACAUCCUUCCUCCCUCGUAGUGACAUUGCCAAGAAGUUUGGUACAUUGGUGCUCACAUUGCCGUGCCCACAUGCUGGUGGCGAUCUGAUGAUUCAGCACGAUGGGAAGGAAACAAUCGUCUCAAUGGAGAACAACUCAGUGUCAGAGAUCAAGUGGUGUGCAUUCUAUGAUGACAGCAAGCAUGAGGUGACACCAGUGACUUCAGGCUAUCACGUUUGUCUUGUUUACAACCUGUUGAGGUCUGGCAGCAAGAAGAUCAAUCUCAACUAUAGCUCAGAGGCAUUGAUUCGCUCAAUAUGGAUGACAUUUGGUCGCAAACUACCUGCCUCUAUGAUCUUCGACAACAAGAAGACUGGCAAGGCUAGGUCCAAACACAAGCCCAACACCUUGCCACCAUUGAUGUUCAAGACAAGAGCAAUGAUAAGAAAGGAAAGUGAGGCUAAAGAGGCUGCAAAAAUGUCAACGUCCAAGUCCAAGAACCCCAGAACAAAGGGGAAGGCUGAAGUCCAAAAGAUAACUAAGAAGGCCAAGACAUCAACGACGUCAACAGCACCAAUAAGUGUGGACGAUGAUGAAGAGGAAGAGGAAGAGGAGGAGGAGGAUGAUGACGAUGAAGACUACGACGAGUAUGAAGGACCAGUUCCAAAACAAAUAAUAUACGUAUUGAAGAAUGAAUACAAUGAUGGUACCAUCACAUUGGAGUCACUCAAUGGUGGUGAUGCAAUUAUUGCCAGGACAUUGAUCAAUUUAGCCAAUGAAGCUGGAAUCAGUCUAUACCUUGGAUACCUUCAUAUUACAAGUGUUGGAGAUUAUUCAGGGCCACAUUAUGAAUAUGAUGAAGAGUAUAAUGAAACGGAAGUUGAAUACAAGCUGGAAGAACUCAGGGACAUCCAGACUGGAAAGAGACUUACGAAGAAUAUUCGUGUCAAACCAGACGAGGAGGUCAUGCCUGCCGAUGCCUUAAAUGACUUUGAACCAUAUGAGAAAGACAUUGAUGAUGAUGGCACAGGGCUUACCGAGCACCAAUAA